AUGUAAUUUAUUCCAUUCUCACCCUUGAUUGAUAUUGGAUUUUGGUCCUAAUUAUCAAAAAAUAAGAUUGAGAUUUACAAAUUGGAUGACGGCGAAAGAUCUUUGCUAGUGAAGACAAAGAUAAAUCCAUACCCUGAAAAAACUUCAUAAUUAUAUUUGGAUAUAUAUUCAUUCCAAGACGAGAUUACCAUCAAUAAAUCUGGUCCUUUUGAAGUGUAUUCAAGAAUUUAAUUCUAAAACUACAAUACAAUUGAGGCCUAUUAAGAAUUCGAUCAUUUGAAUUAUGUGCAAUAAACCUUUAAAAAGAUGAUUGAGUCAUUUUCCAAGGAAGAGAAGCCGAAUCUCUUUCCAGCAAGAAUGAGCAUCUUUGCUGAUCUAAAGAAAUAUUUGUUCUAUUUUAAACUGGUUGUUCCCCAAUUUUAAGUUGAAAACAUAUAGAAUAUCAUUUAGAAAAAUCUUACUGAUUAUUUAGGUGAUCAAAUGCCCUAAUUUUAAUAGUAAUUAUCCCUCAUAAUCCAACAAUAACAAAAAGAGAUAUCAAAUACUUCAUUUGUCGUUCUAAGGAAGGACAAUUUGUAAUAUGUACAAUUCGAAGACUAUUACAAAAAUAAAUCAGAGGUUGUAUUCUUGUAUUUCGAUUCCUUCAAUUAAGCACAGAUAAAUGGUCAAUUUAAUAACUUUAUAGCUUUCUUGUUGACAAAUAACUCUUUUAAAGAUCAACUCAAUAAUGUUAAAAUAAUAGUAAUAAAGGAUGCUUUGACAAUCAAUAAGAACCAAUUUUAAUUCAAGAAUUCCAUUUAUGUUGAAUUAAACUUAUCUGAAUCUAAAAUAACUGAAUUAAAUGGACAGUAUAAAGCUUUCAAUAUUGAAGGUUAUCUUUAAGAAAAGAGAAUAGAUUUAAAAUCAUUUAUGGAUGAAUAAUCACUAGCCAAAGAGGCUGUAGAUUUGAAUAUCAAAUUAAUGAAGUGGAGAUUGUUGCCUGACUUGGAUUUAGAUAAAGUUUAGACACAGAAGGUGUUGUUAAUAGGAGCAGGAACUUUGGGUUGUCAACUAGCAAGAAAUCUCAUUGGUUGGGGAAUAAGAAAAAUAACAUUUGUAGAUUAUGGGAAGAUCUCUUAUAGUAAUCCAGUUAGACAAAGUUUAUACGAUUUUGAGGAUUCAACAAAGGGAGGAAGACCAAAGGCUGAGGUGGCUGCAGAAAAAUUAAAGAAGAUCUUUCCUGAUAUAGAGAGUGAAGGAUAUUAACUUCAGAUUCCUAUGCCUGGUCAUUUUGUCACAGAAUUAUAAGUUUAAUAGACCUUGGAAUCAUUUUACAAGUUAAGUGAAUUAGUAAGCACUCAUGAUGCUGUGUUUUUGUUGACUGAUUCAAGAGAAUCCAGAUGGUUGCCCACCGUAUUGAGUAAUGCAUAUGGAAAGAUGUGUUUUUCUGUGGCUUUAGGAUUUGAUUCAUUUUUGAUUAUCAGACAUGGUAUUUCAUUGAAAAAAUACAAUCCUGAAAUCCAUGGGGAAAGAUUAGCAUGCUACUUUUGCAAUGAUAUCUCAUCUCCUGGAAAUUCAAUGAAGGAUAGAACUUUAGAUCAAUAAUGUACAGUUACUCGUCCAGGUUUAUCCUUCUUGGCUUCAGCUUAUUCAUCUGAAUUAUUUGUCAGCUUAAUCCAUAGUCCAUUAUUGGAUGGAACUCCAGCAUCUGACAAUCCAGACCAAUUGUAAUAGACUGAUUUGGGGAUAUUGCCACAUUUCUUGAGAGGUUAGUUAUCAGACUUUGAAGUUAGAAUAUUUUAUGGAAGAGCAUUUAAACAUUGCGUGGCAUGUUCUUAACAGAUUUUAGAUGCUUUGGAGAAGAAUCCUUAGGCAUUUUUAUUGGAGGCUUUGAAUAGACCUGAUAUUCUAUAGGAUAUUUCAGGUAUAACCGAGGAGUUGACUUAGAACAAAUAAGAGAUUCAUGAAAUCUAAGAUAUAGACGGAGAUGACGAAUGCUCUGUGUUAUAGAUAGUUUCAUGAAAUUUAAGAUAUAAAUAUAUACAUUUAUGAGACAAUUUUAAAUAAAA